CAUAAAAAACCAUUAUUAUGGACAGGUAGACAAUUUAAGAAAAUUCUUUCUAGAACGAGUAGAAAAUAGCAAAAUACACAAAGCAAUCACUCAUAUAAAUACAUCGGCUAUACCACUGCAAUUUCAUAACCACUUCUACAACCCUUUAGAUCACAUAACAUCAACAGAUACGAAGAAAGUAAAUUGGAAAAAGAAAACACUACAUGGCAAGCAGCCGUAUCAUCUAACACAGCCACACAUCGAUCAAGACGCAUCCAACACAUGGCUAAGAAAAGGCAAUAUAUACAGUGAGACGGAAGGAUUCAUGAUUGCAAUACAGGAUCAAACAAUAAACACCAGAUAUUACAGCAAGUAUAUUAUUAAAGAUCCCAAUACCACAACAGAUAGAUGCCGACUUUGCAAACAACAAAUAGAAACAGUAGAUCACAUCACAAGUGGAUGUACAAUACUAGUAAAUACAGAAUACCCCAGAAGACAUGACAAUGUAGCAAAAAUAAUACAUCAACAACUUGCCAUAAAACAUAAACUAAUAAAACAACACGUUCCCACAUACAAGUAUGCACCACAAAAUGUACUGGAGAAUGAGGAAUACAAAUUAUACUGGAACAGAACCAUUAUAACAGAUAAAACAACACCACAUAACAAACCUGACAUCAUACUCACCAAUAAAAAGAAGAAAUUAACACAACUAAUCGAAAUAUCCAUACCCAAUACAACAAAUAUACAGAAGAAAACAGGAGAAAAAAUUGAAAAAUACAUCCAACUGGCUGAGAAAGUCAAGGACAUGAGGCAUCAGGAUAAAGUUGACAUUAUACCAAUUAUACUAUCAACUACAGGAGUCAUACCAUACAAUAUCCACCAGUACAGCAGCGCAAUACAGCUACAUCCAAACGUAUAUAUACAACUACAGAAAUCCGCAAUUAUUGAUACAUGUUCAAUAACCCGAAAGUUCCUAAAUACAAUGUAACAUAUACCGUACAGUUAAAAGGAAGUCACACUCGAUGAAGGUCCGCGUCACUUUCCAUUUUUAACCAGACCUAAGGUCUGAGAAAAAUAGAAAUAAUAAUAAUAAUUUGCACUGAAGACGUGUAGGAUUGUGUGAACCUAUGGAACUUGAGGUCUUUACAUGAAAAUUAAGUAUCCCAUAUAUUUAAAAAAAAUCAUGUUACUGUGAAAUGUCU